AUGACUCUCCCUAAUUCACAUAGUGGGGUUUACGGAUAUUGCAUUGAAAUUCAAGAUAUCAUUUACGAAAUGCUAGACUGUGUUGUGGUGCAUAUAAAAGGACAACGACCAAGAUACAGCGAAAACUUGAAAUUAUUGCAUUCUGUUGAUCUAUCAAGUAAUAAUAUGUCUGGAAAAAUACCUCCAGAGAUAUUUAGUCUCACUGAAUUGCAAUCUUUGAACUUGUCCCGUGAUCAAUUUGAUGAAAACAUACCAAAUGAGAUAAGGGACAUGAAAAAGUUGGAAUCUCUUGAUCUCGCAAGCAAUCAACUUUCAGGUGAAAUUCCUCAAGAUAGGGCUGAAUUGUCUUUUCUAGAAGGCCUGAACCUUUCCUUCAACAAUUUCACUGGUAAGAUCCCAACAGGAACUCAACUUCAAGGGUUUGAUCCACAAAGUUUCAUGGGGAAUCCAAGAUUAUGUGGAGCUCCACUUCCAAAAAAUUGCACAGAUAAAGAAGAGCACAUUGAACCCGUGGAAACAAAUGAUAGUCAAGAAGAUGAAUCUCUAUUUUACUUCUACGUUGGGAUUGGAGUUGGAUUCGCCACAGGUUUUUGGGGAGUCUGUAUUGCCAUUUUCUUCAACAAGAAUUUCAGGCAUUCUUACUUUAGAUUCUUAUAUCGCAUCCAAGACAAGCUUGAUAUGGGGGUCCUCAAGACGAACCGUUUUCGUUGA